GUCAGUUUUCAGAUAAAUGAUCAUUUAAAGAGAGAGAGCUGUGCAUGCUGACAGGAAAGAGGCAAUUUAAAAGGACUGGAAUGAAGGAAACUGUAAAAACAAAGUGGGAAUUGAGAAUGCAAGAGAGAAAAAACAGCAAACGAUUGUUCACAAAGUUGUUCCUGUAUCCCUCAUGGGAAGGUUCUUACAGACCUCUGCUCCUUUGGAAGCUGUGACUUCUUGCCAGGCACCAUGAAAGAAUUCAGAAGUAGAAAUGGAGAAAACUGACUAGUUUUGGAAAAUACGUGCCUUUGCCUUUUUUAUCCUGGCAAAAAGAGGCCACUUUGACUGCAUCUGCAAUGUGCCGAAGGGUGAAGUGAGGACGGUGGAGAGGCCAUGGUUUGUGGACAAGUCCCCAGGUGUCGCAGACUUUGCCGCCCUCGUCCCUUCCUUCUUGCCUUAGUGGUGGCCAUCUGUCUGUUUUGCCAGACCCUGAGUCCUCUCAUGACCAGCAGCUUUCUUUCAGCAGUUGUUAAUGGGAUUUCACCAAACAAACAGACUACAACACAGCAAGGAAGAUAUAAGGAGGUCUCCACAAGCACCACUCACUGCUUCCUCCCUGUCAGUAAUUCGCAGACAGUGAAAAAGAUUGAAGACUCCAUUCUCCAGUACUAUGGAAGCCAUACCAGAAGAGCAGUUCUGUAUGCUCCUCCUGCCAACAGUAAAAUCGAACGUCAGAUCUGUCAGCGCAUCCUGGCACAACAUGGAUAUACAGUUACAGUUCUUGAAAACAGGAGAUUGACAGAAGGGCCCAAACAUGAGGGCCAUUAUCACAGUGACAUGAGCCCUUGGGAUCUUCUGAUCUGCCUGUCUUCCAGAAAAACUGGUGGUAGUAGCUGCUUUGAAAUAGAUGACUUGCAUCAUCUAGAGUUAUUCCAGAAGGUGAACCUAAUUCCAGAAAUUCAGCAUUUCCUUUGCAGAACAGAAGGAUUAUGCGAGCUAAUGACAGCCUUUUCAGAAUUGCACCUCCCAGUUGCCACCCCAGAAUGCUCUGGUCAGCCUGGGCUCUCAAAGGCCAGCACUGCAAGCAACAUGUCUCAGAGUUGGAAAAGCAGUGAAAAGACACAUGCUGCCCAUCCGUGGUACUUGUGGAACCAGACCAAUAGUGCACAGCUGAAUCAACUAUCAAUUCCUCGAGACCACAAGGACAUGCUUAAAGCUCAAGACCUUUCUGUCAUCAUCAAAGCAUAUGUGCUAGUCACAUCUUUAACACCUUUACGAGCAUUCAUGCAUUCAGCUGGUACUAUCUGGCAUCCACCCAAGAAGAAGCACUUUUCUGUAAAGCUGCAAAGGUUUUUUGAGAUGUUCUUCAAAAACAGUUCUCCUCAGCAAGCCUUUAACAACAUGAAGGAAGCUGUAAGCAAACUCCUCCUGAUAACGGAGGUCUUCAGUGAAUCAUCUGCCUCAGGACCAAACUCUUUCAAUCAAUGCAGCCAAUGUUUUCAAAUGCUGACCUUUGAUAUUGGAUUCAACACCUCCAUAUACCCAGUAGUUCUUGAGGUGCAUGAAAACUUUGACUUUCCAGAUGAAGAUGAAUCAAAUAUUCAGGACCAAACUUUUAGAGAAUUUCUUUUUGAAGAUACUUUUAAGUUUCUUUUAUCUAAUGAAACAUCAACUUCCGAUUUAAUAGAAGCUUUACAAAAUAUAUAUGAAUCAACUGUGAGCAAGGAUGGAACCUACCAGAAAGGAGAUGAACAAUGUUUAUCUUUAGAAGAUAUAAAUUCAAUUAGUAGUUUUGUAAAAGAGCUGAAGAAUCUUGGACAAUUUGAGCUGCUUUUCCCAUCUGCUGCACCCAAGAUCCAAACUGUGCUGCAUGACCUUUAUCACAUGGUAGACCCAAUGAGGCGUCUUGGUUCAGUCUUUACUGUACAUUGGUUGCUUUCCAGUUUACUUGAACAGUUCCAGUUCAUGACAAAAGAGUCACAUACAAAUCUUGCAGAAUGGAGAAGCAAGAAGAGUUCUAGAAACUCAUCUCAAACUAUAAUGAAAUGGUUAAAGCCCAGGAAUUCUUCUCCAGAAAAUGAGAGUGUUAAGGGGAGUGGUCCCUUUGACUUAAGGAAGAAUCAGGAAGCAUUGCAUUAUUCCAGUAAUACUAGAGAAAGACGAUGCAGUUAUGAUAAAGAUACCGUAUCUCAUAUCAGGCAGAUCUUCACCAGUCCACAGCUGGACUUGAAUCCUCAGUUUAACCCAAAGAUCAAGGAAUACUACACAGAAGUCCCAUUUGAUGUGGUAACAGUGAAGAUUGGAGCAGAACCCUCUAACUGUCAGUGCCAUGUACACCUUGAUGAGAAGAAAGGGCCAAGCAUUGCAAACUACCCCCUUGGCCUUGGGUUGAACAAAGUCAUUGUUCUUGUAACAGAUGAUUCGCAACCCAACCCUCAGAUUGUGAGCAGCUAUAAAAUCGCAAUUUAUCGAGAGGACCGUCCUAGUCUGCCUUUAUUUGAUGACUAUAUGAUGUGUGGUUUUGUGCAGGACUGUGGUUCUCUUAUUCGUCCAGAGGAGUCCUGUGGCUUGCAGCCUCUGUCUCAUGAAUACCUCUCUGCAAUUUCACAGACGGUGUUUAAGACUUGUGAAGCUGGAGACACAAAAGGGCAAUGGAUUGUCCCUUGCCUCAGCUGCUCUGACAACAGGACCUGUGACUGGAGGGAAAUCACAUGGCAGCCACACGGCUGCCAGUAUGCUGUGCUAGCCAAACCUGAGCUCCAGCAGUGCGCGGAGGGCAGAAGGAUUCUUUUCAUAGGUGACUCAACUAACAGAGGAAUGAUGUACUAUCUAAUAGAAAGAGUGAAUGAGACUCUUCAGGAAUGGCAAAAGACUCAUGAUGUUAAAUGCUAUCAUAAUAUCAAUGAGGGGAAAACAUUUAUCAGUUACUCUUACUAUCCCCAAUUUUGGAUGAGUGUAAACCAGAGACCAACAUUUGAGAAAGCACUCAAACAACUACUGCAGAGAUCACGUCCCCUUGAGAACACAGAACAGACCGUAUUAAUUGUAGGUGGUGUUCAGUGGCUUAAUUCUAAUCACCUGCAAAUUAUUCAAAAGGUGUUGAACAGGGAAAAUCUAUCAAAUAUCCUGGUAAUUAUCAAAUCCAUAGGGAUGGGCUUUCACCUGCCUGUGGAUGGAAUACAUUCUUUAUCACAGACAGAAGUGCAAAACUUAUGGAAUGAAAACUUAGUUAUUCUGGAUACAGCAAAGAAUUAUGGUUAUGAAGUUGUUGACACGUUUGUCAUCACAAUGGGACGCUACAAAGAAUUCCUGCAAGGGAAGUGUGGGUGUCAUUUCCAUGAGGUGGUGAAAUCCAAUCCCUCUGAAGAAAGUCCUCACAUAACAAUGACUUUAUCAAGGCACUAUACACUGGGGAAAUAUAUCAGCACUCAAAGCAAGCCAUCACAACUGCAGGACUUUGCAACAAAUUCUCAUUCCCCAUAUCAUGUCCGAGGUCCAAUAAAUCAAGUUUAUUCUGAAAUCCUUCUCAGCAGGCUCUGUGCAAGGAAAAGGGAGCUUGUCAGCAAAUAACCUCUCUUGGAUGAAGCGUGAGGCAUGCCACUACCGGUGGGACAGUCGAAGGACCAUGGUGAAUUUAUAGCACACUUCCUUGAUUGGCUGCACACAUAACAACAAAGCUGGAGACAUGUGGCAUUUUUCCUAAAACUUUAUGAAAUCAAGAUGUGCCCUGGCAGAUCUGUGGUUUAGAAAAGGAUGAUGGAGAAAUGCAAAAGACAGAAGAGGGGAAGUUACUUGAACUGUUGCCAAGUGCUAGAACAGCUGUAGCUCAAGCAACUGUGUAUUAAUGAUAGUAAAGAGAGAGACAUAUAUACACUUGAAGUAUUUGGAACGGACUGCUUUAGCUCUUCAGCAGCAUCUAUUUUUUCUAUUUAUAGAGUCACUGUAAUAUUUUAGUGUAUUUAGAAACCUCUUACAUUCCAUUUUAAAGUGUUUUAUUUUAUGUGGAUGUGUUCCCUUUCAAUAUUGAUCUUUUCUAUUUUGACACUUGGUUUGCACAGUUUGAAAAAGUCUAUUAGCGUUUUACUGAGGACACUAACUUUUGAACUCCAGUGUUUUUAGUGAAACUACAUCCCUUCCUGCUAUCUUAGAUGGAACAGAAGAGAUAUCUACAUUAUUUUUUGCAUGUUCUAAUGUAGAAAUUGGUUUCUUAGACUUGAGACUGAUUAUAACUUUCUCGAUGUCACAUGUAAAUAUACUGAAUACCUUAAUAUACCCUUAUUUAUGGUCCCAGUUUAGGAAAGUAGUCAUGUUCAGGAAGACUGUUUAGCAUGUGCUUAAGUGUUUGCCUUGGCCUAUAAGCCAGGCAAGUAUUCUCCUGCAUGGAGGUGCCCUUGUAAAAAAAUUUUUUAAAUAAAAUAAUUACCAAAGUAUAAAGCUAGUACCAUAAACAGAAGAAAAAUCCCCUUUGCAAGCACACAUAAAAACUUCAUAAUCUGUUUUUUAAUUUAUCAUGAGAAGGAGUACAUGAUGUGGUGGACGCUCUGCAUCUCAUGCUUGGCAGGGACAGAACUUCUCCAAACACAAGUUUCAUGCUGUAGUCCAGCUUUAUCACCAAUGUUUCCACAUCUGCUCAGGGUAAAAACCCACUGCAGGGUGUCUGCUGAUCCCUGGUACAAUGUUGGUAGCACUCUCAUUCCCAACUGUGAUAGGAAAACAAGUGUGGCAAAGGCUCAACAGUAGGGUGAUGAACUAAUGGCCAUAGGGAGUAAAGCCUCCUGAACAUAUUCACCCCAACAAUUAUUUCUGUGCUUGGUCUCCCUGUCCCUUUAGCAUUUUCCAUUGCAGCAUGCAGGCCAUGUCAUGACUGGGAAAGGCUGCACAGUCCCCAUCAGCACUGUGGCUGUAGCUAGCUCUGACUACCUGACUGUGAACAAAUACUUUUAAAAAAUCUGACAAAACUAGGUCCUGAUGUGCUUUGAUACAACCUUAAAUGACUUAAGAGGAAGCGAUGUGGCUUUGUACCAUUAAAAAGCAUUAGGAACUGUUAACAAGGAAAAAAAAUGAAAAGAACGUUUCAGGAAUAAAAAUACAGGUCUGCUGUCAGGGAGUUGGCAUUCAAAUCAGCACUGUCCCACCCCACGCACUGGAAAGGGGAGUCAGAACCAGGAAAGUCAGAGUCUAGUGGAGGAUCCACUGAGCUCUGUGGCAUGCUUCUCCCUACAUGACUUCUUAUCCAGCCCUUCACUAGCUUCUACUGUCUUUGGGAAAGGAAGAGACAAGCAAUAUCAAUGAAGAAAUGAAUUACAGUGCAGAACCAAUCACUAUCUUGUUAGCCUUAGUAGUACAGAGAAGCGCUGCCCUAUAUAGAAAAAGGAGUAGAAAUUCAUGACAUCACAUCUAGGAUUUGCCAGAGAUCCUUAAAUCCAACACAGCCUGUAUCCCCAGCGCAAGUAUUGUGAAUUCUUGCUCCUUAGGAUAAGAUAUGUGAGGACAUGAUGGGAAAUAGUUGUGCAGUUUGAUUUAGAUACCUAAAUUAGGAGUCUGGCUCCCCUAGAUGGUCAGAGUAUCCUCAAAAAGAGGGUCUGGCAUUGCUAAAUUUUGAGACCUCCCUCUGUAUUGACAAAGCUCCUAAUUUAGACAAUUGCAUUACGUUCAGUAAGACAGUGUGAAUAUCUCUUUCUCUGUCAUACACUGCUGUUACGCUUAUAGCGAAUGUCCCUGAACUUCUUUAUAAGGUUUUCCCUGACAUGGAGCUUUACAUGAAAGAUGGGUAAGGAACUGUACCUAAAUACUAAAAAUGCCAACCUUUGGUUAUGAGCAGUAUGGUUAUCUGAGGAAUAUAAAAGUAUACAAAUGACGUAAUAUAUAAUCUCAGGAUCUGGAACUCUAGCAGAACCCUAAAUUUGAAGGAUUUAAUAUCAUGCCAUUAAUAUCAGCACAUGCAAAUUCCAGCCAAAUGUUUUUGAUAUUAAGAUGAUCAAUGAUAGAUGUAUUACAAUUCUGAUUUUGUUAAGUUUUUUAAGCUCAUUUAAAUCCACAUGCUGUUGCUGUUAUUUUUUGUACAGAAAUGUUCUUAAGACAUGAACUGGGCUUUCUGAUUUUUUUAAUCAAAGACUAUUGCUAAAGCAUCAGCUGUAAUGAUGAAAAGGAAAGAGCUGACUUUGUUAUGCUGUAGCUGAUAUUGGUGAAUGCGCAAUUCAUCACUUCCACUUUCAUCACAAAGAUGGUUUACAUGUGCUGUACACCCAGAUGUCUUAAUGUUGUUCAAAUCUUAAUAUUUUUUUCAAAUGUAGCAAGUUGAAAAUUUC